AUGGGGUUGUGCAUUAAUGGACUGCACAACGAGGGAAAAUUCCAAGUUAACCCCAUCCAUGUCUACUACGACCUUGCAUCUCUGAGCGCCGUCCGCUUCACCCCCCUGCAAGGCUUUCUAGAGGAGGCGGAGAAAUGGCAGGCGGGGCUGGGGACGCGGGAUGGGGGGGGAGACUGGGGGGAGGCGGAAGGUGCAGGCGGGGCAGCGGAAGGAGAAGCAGUAGCCAGGAGACUCGCGGAAGCGGAGGGGGAAGGGGAGGGCGGGAAGGCAGCGGAGGAAGGUUCGCUGCGGUUUCCUGUGCGGGUGGUGGGCGCGCACGUGAGGACAAGAAGACUGGUGGGCGAUGAUGACACGGCGCUGAUCGUUCGAACGGUGAAUUACGGCUUUGCCGCGUGCGAGUUCAACCCUUUUCACGCAAAGCCACGCCACGAGAGGGACUACCCCAUUCCCAGCAACCACAGCGCCAUUCGCCACCGGCCAGAGCUGCUGGCAUUGGCAGCAGAGAUGGGGAGGGCGAUGGGUGGGGGGGAUUAUGACGCCGUGCAUGUGAGGCGAGGAGACAAGCUCAAGCCCGACAGGUGGCCGCACCUGGACCGAGACACCCGACCCCCCGCGCUCUUGAAGAAGCUUCCCAGAUUCGUUGCACCAGGACGCACACUGUACAUCGCCACAAACGAGAGAACCCCAGGGUUCUUUGACCCUCUUCGUACCCUUUACAAGCUGUACCGUUUAGAGGACUUUGAGCACCUCUGGCACCAAGGCACUCCGUGGUUCGACGUAUAUGUGGAGAUGUUGGGAGUCUCCGAACCUGCUUUCGACCCGUACAUGCAGGUUAUAGUUGACUAUGAAGUGCUGAAUUCGGCUCGGACUGUGGUUCGGACUUUCCCGAACCUAACGUCCGACCCUGAAGAUGGGUAUAUACGACCUCCGAGCCUGAACGAGCCGACCUUCAUGGGUUGGUUCUGGGGGUUGUUUGGAUAUAGAAAUGAGGAUAGCCGUUAA